CAUCUAACACAGGGCCAAGGCUCCUUCUUGGCACUCUGCUGUGUCCAUUUUCACCAGAUAAUUUCAAGUAUCCUAUCCUCCAUCCUUUAUACCAUGAUCCAUCAGUAUAAAUACUCCCCUUAUCAUGCUUUUACUUGGAUAUAUUUUCACACACUACUUCACUUGUAUACAUAUCCAAAACACAUCAAAGUAAGACCAAGAAUAAAUAGAUACCAUUCUCAAUUAGAAGACCUUUCAAAUUUCACUUUCUUGAUCAUAAAUGUAUUUCCCACAAGUCUUUUACUAUUAGUUUAUUAAAUACACCUAUUGAUAUUGCUAGAUCCUUUGGUUUUUAAAAGUCCUUUUUUGGGUGAUUAAAGUUGAGUUCUUUCAAGAAAAUGGCUUCUUGGGAAGAUUUGGUGGAUGAUCAAGAGGAUGAUCAUCAAGAAUCUCAGUCUCAGAGUCAUAGUCUCUCAAGGCUAGCUACCUGCACUAGCUAUUCUACUUUGGAUUAUGAUAAUUAUGAUGAUGACAAUCAUGGGACUAUUAGUACCAUGAUUUCAAGAUUAUCUCUUGAGAGUUUUGAUGUUGGUGGAUAUGCUGAUGGGGAGUUUUCUGAGGGGACUUAUGGUGCUGGAGGCCAAGAAAUCUCAUGUUUAUUUAUAGAUUCUGAUGAUGAGAAGGAGCCUGCAGUGCCAGGUUCUUACUCACUGCCUGCCUCACCACUGCAAGAACAAAGGUACCAGAGUGAUGCUUUGUUUGGGAAGCUGAGUGGGAGUGGAGCCAAGCUCUACUCAAGUGACAACAAUUGUGAAAGAAUGAGUAGAAGGGAAAAGAGGGUGUUGAGGAGGAAGAAAUGGGAAGAAAGGAAAGCUAGUAAAAGCGAUACGGAUGAUGAGGAUGAUAAUGAUGACGACGAUGAUGUUGUUCAUGAGGAUGAUGAUGAUGAGGUAAAGAUGAAUUUGGGCAUUGGAGAAAGGAGUUUGAGCCAGAGUAACUAUAGUUUUAGUGGAGAGAGUGAAGGAGGGUUGAGGGUCAUAACAAGGCCUAAAGGAGGAAGAAGAUCACUGUGUAUGGAUAUGGAAGAAGUUAAGGCAUGUAGAGAACUUGGAUUUGAGUUGGAACACCAGCAAAUGUUUGACAUGACCGCGACACCAAGCCGCUUAAAUCUCUCUACAUCCACUCUUGACACCAACACUACCAGCAGUGGUGGCAGUUCUCCCAUUCCCAAUUGGCGGAUUUCUAGUCCAGGGGAUGAUCCAAAGGAUGUAAAGGCAAGGUUGAAGGUUUGGGCACAAGCUGUGGCACUUGCUUCUAGCUCCAGCUCUUCAUCUAGAUAUGGAGGCAACUAAGCAGCAAGUACUCCUUAUGUCUGCCUUUCCAUGUCUAUCCUGGGAUUGCUUAUUGCAUAUUUGAUGCUUCAUUUUUAUGAUUGUUGAGGAUUGUGUAAUUGAUUUUGUCAAGAGAUGUUUAGAAAAUGAGGCAACUAGUGCCCUGCUCCCACUAUAUUGUUGAGGAGGUGAUUGUGGUAUGGGAUCUCUUUAUGGUCCUUUUACUAGGUUUCUUUCUUUACUUUUCUUUCUCCCCUCUGUACCUUACCUUUUGGUACCUCUGCUUGUAAAUACAAAUACUGCAACUCUGGUCCAUAUCAA